AUGGAAGGAUAUGGGAAUUCCAUCAUUCGAAAGGUCGAUAAGGUCUUGACCGGCUCUUCCGAUGUUGGAAAUGUCAGCUCUGCCGUCCCUACGCUCCAUUCCACAUUUGCAAUCCCAACUCCCGAAGGCUGCUUCCCCCCACCAUCCUUCUUUUACUGUCUGCGCUGGCACUGA